CUGCACUUUGUUUGUUUCUACUUGAUUGAAGUGCAAAUUGCUAAGCAAAGUCGUAGCAAAGUAGAGAGGCCCGAGUUCACGUUUUAAACUCGAUUUGUUUUAUAAAAAUUACUUAGUUUUUCAUCGUUAUCAAUUAAUUUACAUAAGUUUUUGCCCUUUAAAGUGUUAGGUUAGCAAUUAAUUGUCUCUAUUUAUUGUUAAUACUAAAUCUAGCACUUCCCUGGUCAUGGACAGUUUAAAAUUUAUUUCUGAUGAAUUAUUGAACAACCAGUCACCAGGAUCUCCAGGAUUUCCUCCAGGGCUAUGCCCUAGUCCAACAGCAGAGCUAGGUCCUGGAACUGGGCGCAAAUGGUACAGAAAGGCAGCACACAGAAUCUUCGUCAAUCGAAGUUUACAUCUGGAGAACAUUAAGUAUUAUGGCUUCGAUAUGGAUUACACAAUUGCAGAAUAUAAGUCACCACAAUAUGAAAGGCUUGGUUUCAACCUUAUCAAGGAAAGGCUAGUUUCAUUGGGUUACCCACAGGAAAUUUUGGAAUUUGAAUAUGAUCCUUCCUUUCCUAUCAGAGGGCUGUGGUUCGAUACUCUGUAUGGAAAUCUGCUCAAAGUGGAUGCCUACGGCAACAUUCUAGUCUGUGUUCACGGUUUUACAUUUCUUAAGCACAACGAGGUAUACGAACUAUACCCCAACAAGUUCCUACAGCUGGACGAAUCUCGAGUAUAUGUGCUCAACACAUUGUUCAAUUUGCCAGAGACUUACCUGCUUGCAUGCCUCAUCGACUUCUUUACUAACUCAGCCCAGUACACCAAGGACAAAACUGGAGUGAAGAGCGGAAAUUUGUUGAUGUCUUUCAAAUCAAUCUUUCAAGAUGUAAGAAAUGCUACAGACUGGGUACACAUACAGGGAGAUCUGAAGUCCGAGACAGUCAAGAACCUGGAUGAGUAUGUGAAGAAAGACGAGAGACUGCCGGUAUUUCUCAGCAGAUUGAGGGAGAGUGGGGCAAAGAUAUUCCUGCUGACCAACAGCGACUACAGGUUCACAGACCACAUCAUGACCUACUUGUUUGAUUUUCCCCACGGCCCGAGGCCCGAAGAGCCGCACAGGAAUUGGAAAACAUAUUUUGACCUGAUUGUGGUGGAUGCGAGGAAGCCCCUAUUCUUCGGGGAAGGCACAAUCCUUCGCCAGGUGGACACGACCACAGGAGCCCUGCGGCUCGGUACCCACAUGGGGCCCCUGCAGAAGGAACAAGUGUAUUCAGGAGGUUCAUGUGACGUAUUCACGGAACUUAUAAAGGCCAAAGGGAAGGACGUGUUGUACGUAGGAGACCACAUCUUCGGAGACAUCCUCAAGUCCAAGAAGAUCCGAGGAUGGCGCACAUUCCUCAUCGUGCCAGAACUGAUCCAGGAGCUGCACGUCUGGACUGACAAGUGUCAGCUGUUCGCAGAGCUCCAGGGCCUGGACGUCAUGUUAGGCGACCUCUACAAGAACUUGGAUAGCAGCACGAAGGAGAAACCGGACAUCUCCAAGGUGAGGCACGCUAUCCGUGAUGUGACGCACAAGAUGGACAUGUCCUACGGCAUGCUGGGUAGCCUGUUCCGGUCGGGCUCACGGCAGACGUUCUUCUCCUCCCAGGUGGUACGCUACGCGGACCUGUACGCAGCUACUGUGCUUAACCUCCUCUACUACCCCUUCAGCUACAUGUUCAGAGCUCCUCCGAUGCUUAUGCCUCACGAAUCGACAGUGGCCCACGAGCAGCGGUUCGUCAUGGACACACCGAUGAUUUCUCGCUCAAGAACUUUCUCAAUCAUCGACGAGAACGAUGACGUCUGCAACAGACAUAACCGAAUGGAGAGUUGCGGCAUAGAGGAAAACAAGUCAAUCAUGGAGAUGCUAGACCAGAGGUCACAGAGCUUGGUGCCCCACGUGAGGCCUGAGACGCCGCGCAGCGUGACCCACAACCACGACGAGGACUACUCUGACGAAGAGAGCGACCGUCAGUCCGGGGAGGGGGAGGACAAAGUAGCCUCCUAACACCAUUCACUAUUUAAUGUAAUUUAUUAUUAGACAAGAAACAAUAAUUUCCAGAGUAUUGCCAAUAACAUUUGUACGGUUUUUGCUAAUUACAAAUUAAAUUAAUAUAUUAAAGUUUGUUUCAA